UUAUAUAACGUGAACGUAAGCCUCCAUAGUAUUGACCCAAGAGGCGGCUUUAGCACAGGUGCACCUCUACUCUGGUCACUACGGUAGCUCAGACACACUGCCCGGUGCUCCUGUGUUACCGCCAGUAAGGUAUCUGAACGCCGCAGUCAGUCACUUCUGUUUAUCCAUCCCUGAGCUGUGCUGCACCGCUGCUCGACACUCUGCCCAGACUCAUUACAGCUCAUUAUCUAGUGCUAAAGUUAGUGUUUCCUCCUCUGGCUGCCAGGUACGGUGCUUACAUUUUCAUUACAGCUGCGGAAUAUGUUCUUAGCGCUUUAUUCUAAGGCUUAGAAUAAACAUGUUAUGAUAGUGCGCGUCGGCCCUGUAAUCUCACGACUAGAAUUUAGUCCUGCGUAAAAGUCGGCAAUCUAAUUUUGCUGCAGCGACCAGCAGUGUUUCUGUGAGUUUAGAGUCACCUCGUUGUACUUUAUAUUAUCUUUAUUUAUUAUUAUUUACUCUCCAUCUCGUAUCACCAUAGAUUUACUGUAAUAUUAUAUUGGGAGUUGGUUAUUUUAAAGGUGACCAUCGGGUGAAACCAGGAGGAGGACUCAAAAACUAGGCAUCUGGGCCUGGUUCAGGUUCGGGAUUUAUAAUCAGAUUAUAGACGGAUCACUUGCUGAGUUGAAUAGGCUAGAAGUCUGGGUUCAUGCCGGAUUUUGAGCACUUCAGAUUUUCCUAUUCGAGCAUGAAUCCGGUCCUGGGGGAGAGUGGCUUCCUGGCCCCGCAGCAGCCCCACCACCAGAUGACGGGCCUGAACGACUUCGCGAUCCCGGAGCCUGGCUACUUCCUGGGGGAGCACGGCGGGUUCGGGCCCGAUGGGUUGUCCGGGCUGGACCUAGGAGCCCUUCCGCCGUCUGGCCUCGCCUACCUGCACCUGAGCUCCCCCCUGCACCGCGUGCCCCCUGCGGCCACGGCGCUGCGCAACGACUUGGGAUCCAACAUCAGCGUCCUGAAGACUCUGAACCUGCGCUUCCGCUGCUUUUUGGCCAAAGUGCACGAGCUGGAGCGCAGGAACAAGGUGUUGGAGAAGCAGCUGCAGCAGGCUCUUGAGGAUAACUGCGGAGGGGAUGGACACCAGAAGCCGCUGACCAAAGAGAUGGGGGUCCAGACUGGAUUUAUUGGGCCUAUUCCAUCCAGACCGGGCCUCAUCCCGCUGCACAACGCCAACAACUCGGCCUACCUGCCCGGGGGCCUCCUCUCUCCAACCCUGAACCCUCCUCCUUUUGACAAUAAAUACCUGCCGGGGAACAAGCUCAACCCGAGCGCAGUCUCUACGGAUUCAAACUCCAACCUCACCACGCCCCGUUUCUCCAUCAGCCCGGCCCUGAGUCCCACCGACCCGUACAGAACCAUCACCAACAUCAACGAGAAAAACGCCUCUCACACCGGGACGAACACCAACAACAUCCCCCCUCCUCCCCCGCGCUUCCUGCCCGGGGCGAUCUGGUCCUUCAACCACCCCCGCCGGUUCGGCACCGGGAGGGAGUCAUGCGCCACGGGCCCCGGGGUCUCCUGGACGAAACCGGACGGUGUCGGGGUCCAGAUCGACACCAUCACCCCUGAGAUCAGGGCCCUGUACAACGUGCUGGCCAAGGUGAAGAGAGAAAGAGACGAGUACAAGAGAAGAUGGGAGGAAGAGUACACAGCCAGAAUGGACCUGCAGGAGAAGGUGGCUGAACUGGAGGAGGACCUGCAGGAGAGCGAGGUGUGUCAGGACGAGCUGGCUCUGAGGGUGAAGCAGCUGAAGGCCGAACUUGUUCUCUUUAAAGGACUCGUCAGCAACAACCUGUCAGAUCUGGACAGUAAGAUCCAAGAGAAGGCCAUGAAGGUGGACAUGGAUAUCUGCCGCCGCAUCGACAUCACCGCCCGCCUCUGUGAUGUCGCCCAGCAGAGGAACUGCGAGGACAUGAUCCACAUGUUCCAGGUGGCCACGCCCCCCUCCACUCUCCGGGCCAGAAAACAGAGCGGCCAGUCGGCGAAGGGCGGGGACGGAGACGAACUGAGCAUGUCCGAGAGCGAGGGAGGCGGGGCUAAAGACGAGGAGUCGUGCAGCACGUCGGCCAAUCAGAUCAAUGAACAGAUGCAGAGGAUGCUGAAUCAGCUAAGGGAGUGCGAGUUUGACGAUGACUGUGACAGUCUGGCUUGGGAGGAAACCGAGGAAACUCUUCUUCUAUGGGAAGAUUUUCCUGGAUACCCACUGGGAGUGGAAACACAGGGAGAGUUGCAGCAGCAGGAGGAGUCCAUUGAGGAGGUGAUUAAAGACACAGAGUGUCUGUUCAAGACCAGAGAGAAGGAGUACCAGGAGACCAUUAACCAGAUAGAGGUGGACCUGGCCACAGCCAAGAGCGAUAUGAACCGUCACCUGCACGAGUACAUGGAGAUGUGUUCGAUGAAAAGAGGGCUGGACGUCCAGAUGGAAACCUGCAGGAGACUCAUCACCCAGAGUGGAGACAGGAAGUCACCCUCGCUCAUCACACUGGCGGUGGACGACUCCGACAGCGAGGAGAAGAAGAAGCCAGGUCUCCCUGCUGAGACCAGCGGCGACUCUUACUGCGGCGCCAACGCCACCAUCCCUCCUCUGACCUGGAGGAAACCCUAACACACACUCCAACACACACUGCUGGU